GAAGGCUAACCGCUGCUCACCUCUGUCGUGUAUUAAGAUGAUACGAGUCCCAAGCUUAGGCGGAAUCAGGUCUUCCGUCCUGUACCAUCCCAUUCAUCUUAUCUUCACUAUUUACGACUCUGAAAUAUUGCCCUGCCUAUCCUAAUUAUCUUGAGUUUGCUACCCCUGACCAUCCUUUUGGAACCCAGCCAAAAUAUAUUGGCGUAUCAAAAAGGUGGCGACGGGACAGAAAGCGAUAACUUAUACACUACUUGUUGUGCAUGUUCGCCGCCUUCAUUUGUGGACUCCGGAGCUCAUGCCGGUAGCCCUCUCAAGAAACCUUACAAUUAUAGAAGUUUAGAGCCCGAAAUCAUGACUCAACCAUUUGACAACAGUGGUUACUAUAACCACGGGCAGUACUAUGCUCCUGACCAUAGGGCAUCGUCAGAUUGGUCAUCCAGCCCCAGUGCCAGCACGCCGAUGACCCGGGAUUCAUCUAGAGAGAGCGCAAUUACUACAUAUAGCGACAUCCCACCGCCAACACCUAGCUUAGAAUACGAUGAUUACAACUCCGUGUGGCCAUCUAGUUAUGCCGGCAGCCAAAGCUGUCACUGGCCGCUUAUAUCCGACCCUAGCCAUGACACCACCUACUCACUCACGCCUCAUAGCCCUUCGUUUUCGACAUAUACGACCGAAUUUGUGUAUGGAAAUGGCUGGUGGGAGUACUAUGAUUUUAUCGCUGACGUGGAGCCCAACCAACAACCUUACUGGAGACUGAAGCCAGGUUUUCAACCGACAGAUCAACUACCCGUGACCAGAAUUGCCGAAGACCUGUAUCCUCCAACUCCCCGCUCUCAGGCCAAUGAAGGCAUCUUUGUCUGCAUGAAAAAGGAUUGCGCAAGGAGCUUCCGCCGGAAAGCCGAUCUCGAACGUCACUAUAGCCAACUACAUAUAUCCGCCGAGCAGAAGAGGAAAUUUCCCUGCGACUGGAAGAAGUGCCAACGGGCCCGGGACCCCUUUCACCGUCGGGACCAUCAGCGUGAUCACUACAGAGACUAUCACAUGGAAGAUCUCAUGCGGCGUGGCUCUUCAAGCAGAGAGGAUCAGAAGUGGUGGAGCACACGCAAAAUCAUCCCCGACUGGUGGCGCUGCACACGUUGUUUAGGACGCGUCAAGGUCGAGGAGCACGACUACGUCUGUCCCAUCUGCAGGACGCCCUGUGAGCAAGACAGGCAAUACUUCAGAGCUCAAUGAGUUCAGCCUGCGGCCAGCGCCAUCAGCUGAGUCCGAGCUGCUUACAAGCCUGGAAGAGAAUACAUUUUCACAAUCAAUCUGAGACAACCCAACCCAUCUUACGAUUCCCGCUUCGGGAAGCACUCAAAAACAACGAUAAAAGAAAAGAACGGAAAAAGAGUAGGAGGGAAAAAAGGAAAGGGGGAGGGAGACUAGGGCCGCUUCACAGAACAAAACGACAGAGACUUUUUUUUAUUCUCAAUUACAGCAAAUAAUGCCUGAUCUUGCACCUCUAGGUUGGG